AUGUCUGAGCAUAUCUACGAAAAUCCCGAUCUCAUCUUUGAGACGAACUAUGAGAAGACUAUCUUCGAAAGUCCCGACGUCAUUAAUGACAUGCACAACUAUGUGAAAAUGAAGCCCAACGAGUCAUCUGCCAAGGCGAAGACGCAGCUAGAGCAGCUGGAUAAUGUGACUCUGAACAUCGCCAUUACUGGAGAGAGUGGGGUGGGGAAGUCCACCUUUGUCAACGCAUUACGGGGGAUCAACGAUGAAGACGAUGGAGCCGCCGAAACUGGAGUGACGGAGACCACCAUGAAUCCCAUAAGCUACAGCCACCCCACCAUGCCCAAUGUGUACAUCUGGGACCUGCCAGGGAUCGGGACCCCCAACUUCAAAGCCAAGAAGUAUCUGAAGGACAUCAAGUUUGAUAACUUUGACUUCUUUAUCAUCAUUGGCUCACUCAGGUUCAAAGAGAAUGACAUCAUGCUGGCCAAAGAGAUCAAGAAAAUGAAGAAAAUGUUCUACUUUGUCCGAUCAAAAAUUGACCAAGACCUCCAGGCGGAGGCACGGAAAAAGGGCUUUGAUGAGGAGCACGUCCUCUCCAGGAUCAGGCUCAGCUGCAAAGAAAACCUGUUGCCCAUUGGAAACCCAAAGGUCUUUCUCAUCUCCACCUUUCAACUUGGAAAAUAUGAUUUCCAGAGGCUGAUCGACUCCUUGGAGGAAAACCUGUCGGACCACAAGUGGUCGGCCCUGAUUCAGUCCCUGCCUGUUUGCUCGCUGGGCAUGAUUGAGAAAAAAACCCAGGAGCUGUACAGAACUGCUGCAGCUGCCGCAACUGCUGCUGCAACCACAGCAGGUGUCCCUCUUCCCGGCUUUUCAGUUGGCUGUGAGAUUGGCAUCAUGCAGAAAUACCUGCAGACAGCUCACAUGUCCUUCGGGCUGGAUGACAAAUCCAUUGAGAGACUGGCACAGCGAGUCAACAAGCCAAGAGAUGAGCUGAAAUCAGUGAUGAAAUCUCGCUUUGCUGCAGGGGUUAAUAAGACCGUAGUGGCCAAUAUGUUUCGCACGACAUCCAUGGUGGCGGCAAAGGCUGUUGAAGUCUUCUUGACGGGAAUACCUGGCUUUGGGAACCUCCCGGCAAUGGGGAUAGCAUUUGGCACAACCCUGACACUUCUACGUAACUCAGUUAAAGAAAUGGCAGAGGAUGCCAAAGCAGUGAUUACUGCAGCAGGUUUGUAA